AUGUCUGAGGAGACGCCGAAAAAUCGCAAAGAACGACGUGCGGCCGCAAAGGAGACUGGAAAGCCUGUGGAGCCCCCAACGAGCACUCCGAAGUUGAAGCUCGCCCAGCCGGAUCGCUCGAAGCCAAAGGAGAAGACACUACUCGACAUUUAUGAAGAGAAAAGGGAAUUGCUCAGCCAAGGUCAACCAUUCGACGCCAGGUAUGAAGAUGGACUUCCACGCGGUGAGAGUGGAAAUAUUCUGGACGUCGGAUUAGGAGAGACGGAUCCGAUGGGACCUUUUGGUGAUGCGGUGUUCUGGUCGGUGUCCCUAGCGAUGGUGCAUUUCACGCUGGACGUCUUGGUCUACAAUCAAUACGCACAGGAAAUUGUCUGGCCGGCGAUCUGGCAGCGUUCGGGGACCAUGCUGCCAAUUCUAUUCCUGGUCAUCUACAUGCUGCGAUCGGAUUUGGCACGGAGAUUGGGGAUCAUUCGACAACUUUUCUUCCUUGUUGCUGGGGUAGCUGCUGGAUGCUACAUGAUUCACGCCGGGAACAAGCACCAAUACUUCGCCGUGAUGAAGCAGGCGCCGCCGUUGGGCACGUUAUGGAUCUACAGUGUGCUGGAAAUGGACCUCCUUUUCGCAAUGGGCAGCCUGUUGCUUAACGCUGGAUUUUUGCUAUGGGGAGACUACUCGUUCUUCUGA